AAAAGAGCAACAAGAAGGUGUAAAAUGGCGAAUUUGGACAGUAGUCCAACGCCAUUUAUAGGACAACCAUGGUCACUGUGGGAAGAGAGUACCCAGAUUGCCAACUCAAAAGAUGACGAUGUGACAGAUGGAGCAGGUAAAGAUGAGGACGAUGGAGACACCAUGAAGCUUCGUGUUGAGGACAUGACGUUAUUUGGCAUGUGUCCUGCUCAAGACGAGUUCUACCUUGUAGUCUGUGAGAAAUGUGGACAAGCCAUAAAGCCACAAGCUUUAAAAACACAUUUAGAACAACGGCAUAGUCAAAUAACAAGUCCAAAGGGAAGUACAAAACAUGGUUCAUGUACUACAACGAGGUCCCCAGGACGCAAGUCUCAACACUCUCCAAAAGCAGGAUCACAGAAACAAUCUGCAAGAGUGAACUUGAACAAAACAUUAGAGCACAUGACACGGUCAAAGAGAAAUCACACUAUGGCCUCAGUUAGCGUCUGUGUUGAGAGAAUGCCAUCUCCUGCUGUUCCUGAAAUGAAAGUUUCUAAAUCCAAAGAACCAGAAAUGAGUAUAGGGCCUCCAUUAGAGGUUAACUCUUCAAUAAAGGAGGAACCUCCUGAAAGAAUAGAGCCAUCUUUAACAAAGCCCUCAGAUGAAACAAAAUUAGAUUCCAAUAAAAAUAAAACUGAAUUGAAAGACAUUGAAAUUGAAACAGUUUCUGAGGCUGAGCCUAGCCUUAGACCAGAAAAACAGAUAGAGAUAAAGACUGAACCCCAGGAAGCUCCACCGUUUUCUGAACCCACACUGCUUACCCAUAGUGAACCUAUACCGACAUUAGCCCAGGUGCAGGCGACACAAUUAAUCAGUCAGACCACACCAGUCAGUACAGUAACAGCACCUGUAUUGAAAUCAAUCAGGACAGUCACUCCCGUAGUGAUUAAAGAAGAACUCCAGCCAUUACCUCGUAAACUAAAGACACCUUCACCAACUCCCAGCAAUAUUGUAACUGUCACUGACUUGUUGAGUUCCACUCCCACUUCCACUGUGUUUAUCCCUCUUGGCAGUAAACAGUCUCUCAGCAGUAGUGUACGUAGCACAACAAGUACAGGGUCUAGCAGUAGCUGCAGUAGUGCCUCCAAACUUCCGAGGUCAACCAGCAAGAUGGUGUUAUGUAAAGAUCGUGAAUAUGAUGCCAAUAAGCACUGUGGUGUUAUUGGUCCUGAUGGCAAGAACUGUACCAGAUCUUUAACAUGUAAAACACAUGCAUUGUCUCUGAGACGAAAGGUUACACGCAAAAAGCCAUUUGACACUUUACUUAAAGAGCAUAGAGCUACCAAGGAGGCUUUGUUAGCUGCAAAGAAAGCAGCUGGCUUGUUGGCUAGUCCCCUGGGUACAACAGCUUCUAAGAUUGCAGGGAUAAGGAACCACACAAAUAUUGCCAGCAUCCCUGUCAGUACCUCCCACAUCCUCAACACAAUCAUGAAGCCUGUCUUUCAUAGGCAGUCAUCUCAGCCGCAUCUUGUCCUACAACAAAAGCAGAUGACUCCUCCACCUGAACAAUCUGUCCACGUAUCUAGUGAUGAUGACGACGCUGACCGACCUGAAUGCUCACAUAUCACAUACCACCCUAGGCCUAUAGCAAUUAAUACAUUUGGUGCUCGCUUACACGGGUCAGGGUGCCAUGUAUUCAAUCGGAAGAGUGACCAGCUGCGAGGUGCAUUCCAUUCUGCUGUUGAUAGAUACUUACACCCUCCCCCAUUUAAGAAAAGUCGACCAGAUCAGAUGGCGGGUCAAGAAGUUUCAUCGAAUGCUUCUUUUGUAGCUCAAAAUAUUAACCUCGCUGUUCUAAAUAAAACUAACAAAAUGCCACCAAUGAAAUCAAAGACUCAAAAUCGAUCGAAACCAAAGGAGCAAAUGUCUAUGUCAAUGAAUGGCAAUCAGUUCGGGGGCCAUAAUAUUAAUCUGCAGUCUAAUGUGAAUGGGAGUCACGGUCAAUUGAGAAUUGGCACAAAGCGUAAACACAGCACAGACAAUAUCAGCUCAGGAGCGGCUACGUCAAACCCUUCUUUGACACAAUUCACGGGGAAUAUCAACAUGGCGAACAAUGCUAAUGCUAACCUUCCAAUAUCUAUAGCUAUUCCCAGUGGUAUAAGUCUCAACCUUAGUUCCUCCACUCUUAGUAGUCUUAAUGCAAAUCUCACGAGCACUACAACUGCAAAUAAUCAGGUCCAGAUACAGACUGGUAAAAAUAAUGUGAACUACAUUAAAGACUUGAGUAUAGUAGUGACAAACAUUGAAGGGAGUGUUGCUAAUGGCCAGCUGGUGACAAUUCCUAGCUCCAGUCUCAACCUCUCUAAUGCCACACACUUGCAGCUCACAAAUAUAGCCAAUCAGAAACCUACGACUGACAGUGCCAAAAGACAGAAAAAUGGUACACCAAAUAUGACAUUUCAGGCUCCUUCGGGCGGAAUGAUAGACUUAGCGAAUAGCAAUCUAUUAACAAACCUAGCCAAUAAUGCAGUAAUUCUAGAUAACUCAAAUAUCCAAAAGAUCUCCCAGAUGAAGGGUGUACCCAGUAAUGUAACCAUGACAACAGUUGCUAUGGGAAGUACUGCCAUGUCCCCACCCCAGUCUAGUCCCUCUACUACCCCCAGUCCAGCUUUCAGGGCUGAAUCUGUAAGUCCCCAAGUCACAGCCGCAUCACCCUUGCCUAAUGGUGUCCCAGUGUCACAUCUGGCAUCACAUCUGACACCUCAUUCCAUAGAAUCCUCUCAAAACAGUGCAAUGUCAAACUCCUUAACAGCUGGAAGCAUAAACUCAGGAUCUCAGGCCAUUAACUUGAAUCUACAAAAAACAUUGAAGCAACAAACAUUGAAUAAACAGUUACAACAGCAACAACUACAACAACAACAGGGAGGUGGGGUAGCCAUUAACCUAACCCAGGCUCAGGCUGAUCAGGUUCUGACAGGGGGAACAUUCCAUAGGGUAAGAAGCACAGGCACCCCGGGACAAUUCACUAACAUACAAAUCCAGCCAAAACAUGGCUCAGCACGCAGUAAAACUAUUAAAAGUCACAUGAUUCAGCCUGUCUCGUUGACGUUUCCAAUAUCCCAGGGUGUCUCAGGAAUGGCACCCCCACAGACUCAAUCUAGGCUGUUUAUUCAGAAUGAAGAUCGGCGCAAGUGCGAUGUCCUCCAAACCAAUUCUCCAUCAAAUGUGAUCACGUAGCAGUAGUUAAAGCAGACGUAGUUCUUGCAGAUUAUAUUAAACUGAACAUAUUGAAGAGAUUAAGAACAGGAAAUUAAUUAAUAUGAAUACUGAAUAGUAUAAUAUAAUCUGUGGCAUCAUAUUGCCAUUCGUCACACUAGGGGGGCAUACCUUGUCUAUUUUCCAGACAAAACCUGUUGGUAUGGUGAUGGGAGCAUGCUGUAUCAGGUGUUAUUAGUUGUUUUUAAAAGAUCUGAAUCUGAAGUUGUUUGUGUCAUAGAAGCGACUCUGAUAAAACCAUCAAAUCUAUUUAGUUUGUCUGAAACUCCAUGGAACUGUGUAACAUGCUGUUGUUCUUUGCUGGUGUGACAUACUUGUGUGACAUGCUGAUGUGACUGUCUAGUACAACAUGCUGGUGUGACAGUCUAGUAUGACAUGCUGGUGUGACAUGCUGUUGUGACAUUACUUUACAUGAUUUGAUGUUUUCAUUAGAAUCAAAUUGCUGCAUAUAUGCAUUUGCCAUCAUGUUACUUUGUUGCAUUUUCUAAUCACUGUUGGUUAAUCAUAUUUUAUUUGGUUGAUCCCUCAGAUUGAAAUCAUGGAUCUGAUUCCCAAAAUUACACUUCACCUUGCCUGCAUUGAUCAUGAAUCCAAAUUCUUUUUCCCAAAGUAAACCAUCAAUGUUCAAUCAAAUCAAUCAAAAUUUGGAAUGGUUUUACUGCAUGUAUUUUUAAUCAGAUAUCUAAAUUUUUUCUGAACAUAAAAUAAGAUAGUAAAGAAAAUCUUAUCAUGCUUUACAGUGUGAGAUUCUUCAGGAUACUACAAAUAUUUAUCAACAUUUUCAGAUUAUGCAACAGUUGUUUCAUGAGUGGCAGGUAAAUUACUAAAAAUAAAUUAUUCCACACAGCUGAUUCAUGAGAAUGUGUCUUUUGACUGCUCACUAUGUAAAUACAGGGUCUUCAUUAAUUAGACCUACUGGUAAUUGUGAUAUUAGUUAUGCAAUUAGCCAACCAAAUACCUCCCAUUUGAAUGUUCAAUAAUGUUUGUAACGUCACCGUAGUGAUGGCUGAUUAAAAUAAUAUAGUCAAACUGUGUUCUGAUUCUGUAAUCAUGUAAUGAAUUAGUUGGUCAGCUGAGAGGCAAUUUUCAGUUAAGCUUAGGUAUUAAGUGUCUUAUAAGGAUCGUUCAAUACGACAGCAUUUCAAAAAAUUUGAGCCAACCUUAUUUGGUGCUGAAUAAUGUUGAAUAUGUUAUUAUAUAACAGUAUUGUAUUUGUUUAUAUGGACCUGUGCUGUGAGUGCUACCUGGAACUGUCAUGGGUGCUUCAUAGAACAGUCAUGAGUGCUUCACUAAACUGUGC